CCUCCUGCUGCCAGCAGCAGGGACACUUUCCUGUCCAGUCUGGGCUGCGACACUUCCAGCAAUGGGCUUUCGUCUCCUCCAUCUGUAGAAGUUUGAGUUAUCCGCAGCCCCUUUAACAGACUCUGCUCAGUGACUGAAAAGGAAGUGUUACGCCAUCACCGGCCAAUUUGUGGAAGCGGAACCCUGUCAGGAGGAUGAAGUGAUCUCACAGCUGGGAACAACAGAUAAGCUGCUGGGAACAGCCAGGGAUCGUCCAGCACGGAUCGGGUCUAACACCCCUCCCGCCCAGGUGGUGCUUUGGGCAGCUCCCUGUUAGCAAGAAAUCUCCUUGGCUUUGCUUUAAAAACUCAGCCACAGCAGAAUGUUCAAAAAACUCACCAAAUGCAUCGUAAAUGAAAUGGAUCCAAGCAAGGAAAUGGUCCCUGUUGAGAGCAUCGCACACCAGGAGCACUUCAGGCUUCUCUAUCUACUGACAAAAAAAAGAAAAUCAAACCGAAUAUUCCACCCAGCUCCUUACUAUGAGCCAACAGGGUUCACACUGGAUCAUGUGCUGCUGCCUGGAGAAGUGCAUAUAAACAUAGAGACCAUCCGACAAGAUUCCAGCCCAUUUACUCUCACAAAAACCAGCACUGACCAAGCUGAUGGAGGUCUCAGCAUUUCUGUUGACCCUGCAAGCGUAGGGCUGCAAGGAGCUGCCUCCUUGUCCAAUGUCUUUUCCAUCAAGACACAGAAGAAGAGCAUAUCACGGGACUCACUGGAGGCACUGAGAAGAAAAAGGGGAAUCAACAUGGAUCAUUCCUUCAUCCGACAACUACAGAAAACAGACAUCGGUCUAUUUGUGGUCACUGAAAUGCUCGAAGCUUCGGAGAGUGCCGUCUACAGGGAAUGCACCAGGGCAGACGGGGGCUUCAUCGCCCAUUGUUAUGCCAAAUUUUCUGCAAAGGGCACCAGAGAGAACAACCAAAGCAUAGCCAUACCCAAGGGCUGCACCCUGGCCUUCAAUACCAUCCCGCUACAAAUAAGAGAUGGAGCCUGGGAAUUGGAUUAUUUCCGAAGAGGAGACUACAUAAUUGCAUCUUAUGAAGGUCCCUCACAAGGAAAUUUAGGAGUGGUGCUGAUAGAAGUUGAAAACCACUGUCAAAUUUUCUCCAAGUUGUCUCCUGACGUGCUGCUCAUUGUCUUAAACACCAUCAAAGCUGUGAUGGGAGACAACAACCUCCUUCAGGAGCUCAGCCACAAAAUGGAAGACGUUCUUGAGCAAAAUGAUGGUUAUGAGCUGAAAUCUGAGAGCCCAAAAUUACAAGCCCUGUUCAGCACCUUACAGCAUUUCCCAAGAGGUGAUCUCCUUCUGCUGGCUGAAGGAAUCACCUACGUCCUUGAUGCUUUGCAUGAGUUAAUGGAGGAUCAGCUGCUGCUGCUGCUGGAAUCCUUGGAAAGGAAGAUUGUGUCCCAACAGCUGAAGCUGGUUGGAAACCUACUGAAACACGACCUGGAGUAUCGGAUGGAGAAUUUCCGUGUGGAUGCUGGGCUGCUGUCCUUCCCACACGCAGAGGAUCAGAAGUUAACCAUUGCCCUGGUGGAGCUGAGUGGAGUGCAGCUCCAGGAAGAUGGAUCAGCUGUCCCUACGGAUCAGCCCUUCGAGGCUGUGGCUGCCCUGUUUGUGGCCCUGUACGCCCUCAACCUCCUGAGUGGCUCUGAGUAGGAGGUACCUGGCCCUGCCCAGGGAAAUCCUCUGUAAAGGGUUGGGAAAUCUCUGCUGAUGAACCAGGUUGCUCUCCCAAUAUCAUCCAUCUUAAUGCUCAAGGCUGCUUUUGCUGGCAAAAGCAUAUUUAAGGCUGGAAUAUUCAUUAUGGAUGCUAAAGGCUUGGUAUCAAAGUAGAUUUGUCUGUCUGUCUCCCCAGGAAUUCUGAGGGACAACAGGAAAAUCCAAAAGCCCAAGUACUCACAGGCUUGGCACCAGUGGCUCAUGUAAUCCUGCUUCCUCAAAAUGCUGCUGCUGCUUCUCCAGUCAGUAAAUGGGAAAGGGAAGGGCAAAGGGAAUGGAAAGGGGAAGGGAAUGGAAAGGGAAAGGGGAGAUGCAUGGGAAAAUUGAAAGAACAUACUAAGGCAAAAGGGAAUUGCAAAGGAAAAGGGAGGAAAUGAGAAGGAAACAAAAGCCAAAGGAAAACAUCUGCAGUGAUUCACCAUGGUCCAGCUCUGGUUCAGCAGGGGUCCAUCAAGUGCUGGUUGUAGGAAGGUGGGGGAUCCCAAAGGUUUCACUGACACCUCCCUCAUCCCAUCUUCCCGAGACGCUCAGGAAUCACAGACAGCACUUCAGAGAAACACUAUAAACACUCUCAUUAAAAAUUUAUAAAGAGAGAGCAGCUUCUUGCUAAGCAAUUGGGUGUUCUCAAAGCCAAUUUCUUAAUUUCAUACCUUUUCAGUCCCAUGGCAACAUCUGACAACCACAGGACUGAGGCCGUACCAGAAAUAAGGGCCCCUGAUGUGGAUACAGGAGUCUCCUGUAGAGAACUUUCUAUAAUAAAACAUGAAUAUUUUGAUUACUCCUUUGUACACUAUUCCAAGAGAGACUAAUAAAAGAGAAGUUUUCAUGUAAAAA